CGUGUGACUUCGUACGCGAAUCAAGAGCACGUGACGUUCAGGUGCCGCGUUUUGGGCGUUGUGCGGCUGCGCAGAAUCAAGUACACACAUAGACACAUACACACACACACACACACACGCACGCACGGACACACACGCACACGUAUCAUAUACACAGUGAGCUAGAAGGGAAAUUUUACUCUCUCUCUCUCUCUCUCUCUCUCUCUCACACACACACACACACACACACACACACACUGGUCAGAAUGGCGAAACCAGCUGAGAGAGCAUAUUACCGGUUCUUGGUGCUGUUCUUUAACUGCAUGCUGACGUUCGGCUCAUACUUCUGCUUCGACAUCCCCAGUGUCCUACAGCAACAGUUCCACGGGAACUUGACGUGUGUGAACUCCACGCUGGGGAAUGAGACGGUGUGUGUGGAGGGACUCGGCAUGACUGCUCAGGAGUACAACCUACUGUACGCUGUCUACGCAUGGACGAACGCUGUGGUGGUGAUCAUGGCAGGAUUCCUGAUUGACAAACUGGGCAACCGCUUCGGCGUGUUCCUUUUCUCCUUCCUGUGUGUGUUAGGAUCCUCCAUCUUUGCGUUAGGGUCUCAUUUUAAAGGAUCUCCGUACCUGCUGCCGCUCAUGCUGAUGGGUCGCCUGCUGUUUGGCUCUGGAAACGGCUCUCUAACUAUUGUACAGAACAGGAUCACAGUGUUCUGGUUCAGAGGGAAGGAGUUAGCUUUAGCGUUUGGUCUCACUCUCGCCUUCUCUCGACUUGGCUCCAUCCUCAACUUCUUCCUCACUCACCGGUUCGAGGCUCAGUAUGGCAUGCAGUGGACACUGUGGGGGGGUACACUGCUGUGUGUGCUGGGUUUCCUCUCUGCUAUAAUGGUCAGUGUUCUGGAUAAAGUGGGCAUGAAACAGCUCGGGCUGGAAGGAACAAUACAGGAGGAGUCACGCAAAGUGAGGGUGCAGGAUGUGCGUUUGCUCUGUCUGCGUUACUGGUUGCUGGUUUUCACCAUCAUGUUUUUCUACAAUGGCAUUUUCCCCUUCAUCGCUGACGCCAGUAAGUUUAUCCAGGAUAAGUAUGAGGGUUACACUCAGAAGCAGGCGGCCUACACCGUGGGUGCUGUGUACGACAGCUCACUGGUGUUAUUAGCUGCUGUGGGCAUUCUCAUUGACUAUGUGGGUUUGCGUGGUGUGUUUGCCGUACUGUGUGCGGUGUGUACACUACCUGUGUUUGGGUUACUGGCCUUCACCUUCGUCCCUCCGCUCGUCUCCACCAUCUGGCUCGGGAUCACCUACUCCUUCGCCGCAGCGAGUAUGUGGCCCUCCAUCCCCCUGGUGGUUCCCCGCUCCACCCUCGGGACAGCGAUGGGUUUGGCGACGUCAGUGCAGAUGAUGGGCGUCGGACUGUGUAACCUCAUCGUGGGAGAGAUACUGGGGGUGGAAAACAGUGAUGUUAAGAUUCCUCUAUGGCGAUGGCAGCGAAUGAUGAUCUUCAUGUUAGCGAACACUGUCGGCUGCAUCAUCACAUCUACUGUACUGAACAUCAUCGACUGGAGAAAGGGAGGCACGUUGAACAAGAUGACGAAGAGAUCAGACUUGCAGGAUCUCUGAGGUUCAGACAGACACAGAAACACUCAUCAGCAAUGAAGACGAGACAGGAGAGAGAGACAACUCCAGCAUCAACAAUUAAACCUGUCUGUCUCUCUUUCUACCUGUCUCUCUCUCCCUCUAUCUGUGUCUCUGCCCACCUGAUUCUCUCUACCUGUCUGUCUCUCUGUCUGUCUGUCUACCUUUCUCUGCCUCUCUCUACCUGUCUGUCUCUCUGUCUGUCUCUCUCUUUACCUUUCUCUGCCUCUCUCUACAUGUCUGUCUCUCUGUCUGUCUCUCUCUUUACCUUUCUCUGCCUCUCUCUACCUGUCUGUCUCUCACUUCAUUUGUGCUAUAUGAAUGAACUGAAUUGAGAUGGAUGUGAAAGGGAAACGUGUGUGUGUGUGUGUUAAAGCUGACAACUUCAUCGUUUAUAAUCACACUUGUCCUAUCUGAAUUUGAAUUUUAACUUUGUAAUAUAUUGAUGGGGAUAGAUUUGGGAAUAGGGUGUACUGGAUGAAGGGGGGAUUGAUUUGGGAGUAGGGUGUACUGGAUGGAGGGGGGAUAGAU